AUGAGGGGAAGAGGAGGAGCUGGAGGGGACUUGCGGCCGAUCGAGAGCAGGGGGAGACUGCGAGAGAUGAUCGUUGGAGUAGGAGGGGAGGAAGAGGAGUUGGCGCGGUGGCUGGUGGCUGAGAGUAGAGUAGAGGGAGAUCAGGUAGGACCAGGCGGUGGGGAAGGGGAAGAAGCAGGAGGAGCUGGCAUGGUGGUUGGCGGCGGAGAGCAGAGGGAGAUCAAGUGGGAGCAGGCGGCGGGGAAGGGGAAGAAGCAGGGGAGGAACUGGCACAGUGGCUGGCGACAGAGAGCAGAGGGAGAUCAGGUGGGAGCAGGCGGUGGGGAAGGGGAAGAAGCAGGAGGAGCUGGCGCGGUGGCUGAUGGCAGAGAGCAGAGGGAGAUCAGGUGGGAGUAG